AGAGCUAUGUUCAACGCCAGUCAGGUUUCCCAUUUCACUCUGGGAGCCUACUUUGACACUGGCUCUUUCCGAUGGCUAUAUUUUUUCAUCCUAUUGUGUAUAUACAUUGUGAUUUUAUUUUCCAACGUGCUCCUUAUAGUUGUCAUAUGUUUGAACAGAACUCUACAUGAACCUAUGUACAUUUUUCUAUGCAGUUUGUUUGUGAAUGAACUUUGGGGCAGCACUGGUUUGUUUCCAUUCCUUUUGGUUCAAAUGCUUCAGGAUGUCCACUCGGUGUCUUAUGCGUUUUGCUUUCUUCAGAUUUUCUGUGUCUACGUGUACGCCUCUACGGAGAUGUUUACCCUAAGCACUAUGGCGUACGACAGGUAUUUAGCCAUAUGCUGCCCUCUACGGUACAACAUGCGCAUGAACACUUACAAAAUCUCUGCUCUGAUCUUUGUGUCAUGGCUGUACCCGCUGUGCGCUAUUAUCACUGUACAGAUUUUGGCUGCGUCUUUACAGUUAUGUGGCAAUGCAAUCCCGACUGUCUACUGUAAUAACUUUUACAUCGUGCAACUGGCGUGUCACGAAACACUCGUCCAUAAUGUCUUUGGAUUGGCUAAUCUGUUUGUUACUGUGUUCUGUCCUCUAAGCGUGAUUUUAUUCUCAUACGCCUCCAUUCUGCGAGUGUGUUUUAAUGGAUGUAAACAGGCCCGACAGAAGGCUCUGAACACCUGCACGCCUCACCUCGCCUCUGUCAUAAAUCUAUGUUGUGGGAUGCUUUUUGAGAUUGUUCAGAGCAGGUUCAACAUGACAAACGUGCCCAAACUCAUCCGGAUAGUUUUGUCAGUGUAUUUUCUGGCCCUUCAGCCGUUAUUCAACCCUGUAAUGUACGGACUCAAGCUCGCUAAAGUCCGAGUGCUGUGUAAAAAGAUGCUCAGUCGCAGCAGCUGA